CUGUAAAGAUGUCUGAGCAGGCGGGGAGGGAGCGGAGCGGAGGACCCGAAACAUACGCGCAGAACCUGCAACUCUCCGUAACUUAACCGGUCAAGGCAGGUCAAUGUCAUUCUGACGAGCAGCCGAGAUGUCCAGUGACAACCAGGGAUCGGUGAAGGGGGAGGCAGCCAUGAUUCUUUCUCCCUCUGGCUCUGCCUCCUCUCAGGGACCGCCCCUCUCUCCAUCCACCACGUCCAAACCACCUGAGCUCCCAGAUGAACUGGUCCAGGCAGGAUGGUCUAAGUGCUGGUCUCGGAGGGAGAACCGACCCUAUUAUUUCAACAGAUUCACCAAUCAGAGCCUGUGGGAGGUCCCAGUGCUGGGUCAGCAUGACGUCAUUUCUGAUCCUCUAGGUCUGAAUGCGGCUCCGGCAGAGGGCGGAGACAGUAACCUUGGCAACGGUCAGAGGAAACGGAGGAGCUCUGAGGAGCAGGGGGCAGCGCCUAACAGCCUCAAACGAGCUAAGGUGGAGCCCACCACCCCCAUCUCUCCCAGCACCCCUGGGGUUAAACCCUGGAGCUCUGCCCCAGAGGACAAACCGGCGCAAACAGCCACACCCACUACUCCAAGCCCCGCCCCUGCCCCGUACAGACCGACCGUUAUCUACUGGGAUCUGGACAUUCAGACCAACGCUGUGAUCAGAGAGCACCCCCCAGCCCACCACCUGCCCCCCCACCCUGAGAUCGAGCUGCAGAGAGCUCAGCUGGUCACCAAACUGAGGCAACACUACCACGAGCUGUGUCACCAGAGGGAAGGUAUCGAUCCGCCCCGGGAGUCAUUUAACCGCUGGCUGCUGGAAAGAAAAGUGAUUGACAAAGGUCACGACCCUUUGCUGCCCAGUGACUGUGACCCCGUCAUUUCCCCAUCCAUGUUCAGAGAGGUCAUGAAUGACAUCCCGAUCAGGUUGUCUCGCAUUAAGUACAAAGAGGAGGCUCGAAAGUUGCUGUUUAAAUAUGCUGAAGCUGCCAAGAAGAUGAUUGACUCCAGGAAUGCGAGUCCAGAGAGCAGGAAGGUGGUGAAGUGGAACGCUGAAGACACCAUGAGCUGGCUGCGCCGAGAUCACUCCGCCAGCAAGGAGGACUACAUGGACCGACUGGAACACCUGAGGCAACAGUGUGGUCCUCACGUUGCUGCUGUUGCCAAAGACUCUGUGGAAGGAAUCUGCUCUAAGAUCUACCAGCUGUCUGCAGAGUACAGCCGCCGCCUGAGACAGACACACCUGAGCCUGCUGCAAGACCCGCCCACAGAGGCGUGUGCGUCCCCCCAGCAGUCCCGGCUGGUCUACUGUUACCCGGUGCGUCUGGCGAUCCCCUCGCCCCCCCUCCCCCGGGUGGAGCUGCACUUUGAGAACGACAUGGCCUGUCUGCGCUUCAGAGGAGAGAUGGUCAAAGUCAACAGAGGUCACUUCAGCAAACUGGAGCUGUUGUACAGGUACAGCUGUAUAGAUGAUCCUCGCUUUGAGAAGUUCCUGUCCAGAGUGUGGUGCCUCCUGAAGAGAUACCAGGAGAUGUUCGGCAGCGGUGCUAAUGAAGGGACGGGCCUGCAGGGGGCGCUGCCGGUGACGGUGUUCGAAGCACUGAACCGACAGUUUGGAGUUUCCUUCGAGUGUUUCGCCUCGCCGCUCAACUGCUACUUCAAACAGUUCUGCUCCGCUUUCCCCGACAUCGACGGCUUCUUCGGAUCCAGAGGGCCGUUCCUGUCGUUCUCUCCAGUCAGCGGCUCGUUUGAAGCCAACCCUCCGUUCUGCGAAGAGCUGAUGGACGCCAUGGUGACGCACUUCGAGGAGCUGUUGGAUCAGUCCUCGGAGCCUUUGUCCUUCAUCGUCUUUGUCCCUGAGUGGCGUGACCCCGUGACCCCCGCCCUGACCCGCAUGGAGGGAAGUCGAUUCCUCCGUCACCAGCUGAGCAUCCCGGCGUACGAACACGAGUAUCGGUCUGGGAGUCAGCACACCUGUAAGAGAGAUGAGAUGUACUACCGGGCCGUGCACGGCACCGCAGUGCUGUUCCUGCAGAACGAUGCAGGGUUCGCAAAGUGGGCUCCGACUCCAGAGCGUCUGGCUGAGCUGACGGCAGCGUACCGCCCCUCCUCCUCCCGCACCUCCUCGCUGUCUUCUCCUGGCCCCGCCCACAUCACUCCUGGAGACAGAGACUCCGCCCCUAAGGCUUCUGAUAGGAUACAGAGCAGUGUGAUGUCACCAGGCGGCCAUGACAACAACAACAACAACAACAGCAGCAGUAGCAGCAGCAGUAGCAGCAGCAGUCCUCGAGACAAGAUGGCCGCUGUGUAGAGGGGCGGGGUCACAGUGUGGCGUGGUCUUACCUGUUGGAAAGUUGUUUAAAGUCUUUGUGUUUCACAGCGUUAGUUUGUCAUUUUGUCUGUUCAGAUUGUCCCUCACCAGCACCUGUAGCACACCCUCAGCUUCUCUCAACAUACCUGCAGGGGGCGGGGCCAGAGCGGCACGCUGAAACCUGAUUUACCCCCCUCCGUCAUUCAGUUGGCUUUCACGCAUCCCCUCAGCCUGGUGCGUCCCUGCUCACGUCGGCUGUUCUGAUUGGUUGAAGCUUUUCAUUUACCUGCAGCUGAUUCAUGUCCAGGUGUGGCUGCUGUUGUUGCAUAGCAACAAGCAUCUCAGCCAAUAAGGAUACAGAGUGAGCAGAGACGCGUCAAAGCUCCAGCAAUAAAAACCUCUUCAUUCACCUGUGAUGUCAUCUGUGAUGUCACUGGAGGACUUCUGAUUGGUCCCCACACUGACUGGGCUUGGUGAUUGGUUGACAAGGCAGCUAUCGUUUCUAUUGGACUCGUCUUUCUUUGUUGGACAGAAUCCGGUGACGUCCCCCUUCAGGCCCCGCCUCCUGGGGAUGGCCUGGCCAAUCAGCGCUCGUCCUUUAGAGGCUGUACUUGCUUCGGCCGUGGUGCGUUGUAGGAAACUGAAUAUUCAGCAGGCAGGAGGAGGCGGAGCAUCCACGGUGACGCCAUAUUUACUGGUGGGAGGAGGCGGAGUCAGAACUGGGACUCGGGUUCAGACUGGUCAGCGAGGACGGACGGCUGAGACGUACUUCAUCCUCCUGCUUCGUCAGAGAUCGCGUCACUUCCUGUGCUCUCCUCAGACGUGAGGGAGGUGCGUGCGUCGCAGGUGUUAUAACAGCAGGUGGAGCUGUUGGAGAUGAUCCUCCAUCAUCAGCAGAGCUGUGAAGUGUGAGGAGUUAUUUCAGGGUUCCUGUGGUUCCUGUGGUUCCUGCUUCCUGUUCUCGUACAGGAUGUUUCAGAUGUUUGAUGAACCCAAAGCUCCUCACACUUUGAGCGUCUCUUCUCUGACUCUCAGAUUUCAGAGUCGUCCAAUCAGGCGUCUGUCGCCGUGUGACAUCAGUUCCUGUCACGGCAGCAGCAGUGUAGAUACUGUACAGUUGAACUGAUGUGAAGUCUGUUGAUGUUAUUUUCCUCACCUGCUGUUGAAUUGAUUGAAAAAACAAAUGAAAUUGUUUAACUGUUCUUUUUUAUUUGAUUUAAUUUAACCGUUUUUAAAGAGCUGGGUCUGUUCCUGUGUUACAGAGCGUACCAUAGUUUGUUUUAAACUAAACCAAAGUGUUAUUAAGAAAAUCUAUAACUUGUAUGUAACAGUAGAAGUGUGUAUGCAUCAGUCAUGCUGACGUCGAACCAGCAGAAUCCUCCUCCACCUUAUUUUUAUAAUUCUCAGCUGUUUCUUUCUGGAAGUUGAUCUUUGUUUUUUAUGGGAUCUUGUUUGUUUUUGUUGUGCAUGAAACAUUUGGACUCUAAACGAUCUUUGUAAUCCUGAAUGUUUUCCAGGCCGAGUCUCCGGACCGAGCGGCAGCUUCGCUGAAAACAGCCUCAGAAUGUUUCAGCUGCUGUGCUCAGCUUCAGCCCACGUCCUGUCUGUGUGCUAAGCUAGGCUAAUGUUGGUCUGUUCCUCUGAAACCAACGGAAACAAAGUGGAGACAUUUUGUUGUAACUCAUAAGAUUUGUAUCUAAAAUUCACAGAGUUGUUCUGGAGUAAAAAUCCUGUGACUACGAGCUGAUUAUUGGCAUCUCAUGACACGUGAUCUGAGAGAACGUCGUUAGUUUUCUACCGUAACAUGACUUCAAGAAAACUUAUUUUCUCAUUUGGAUGAAAUUUGGAUGAGGACGUAUGAGAUGAAGCUCCUGUAGUUAUGAGAUGAAGAAAACAGUUGGAAUUCUUUCUCUGCAAAUUCAGAAUUUUGUUCCUGUUCAUAUCUCAGACUGAGAUAAAUAUAAAUGUGAGAUUAUUGUUGUGAAAGAUUUCAUGACAGUUUUCUCGUAGUUCAGAUCCGUCACAUAACUACAAGGUCUUUGUCUCUGUUUCUCAGCUGUAAUGUUUCACACUCAGAAGAAAAAUUCAAAGAUCGUUUGUCUAAUUAAAAAUCUGUCAUUAAGAGUAAAGAUCUCCACAGGAGAAAAUGUCAUAAUUACAGGAUCUUUUUCUUGUUGUUAUGUUUAGAAAAGCUCGGUGAUUAUUAGUUUUCUUGAAAUAUAAAUGUAGAAGAAUCAGAGCUGAAGCCACAGUCUGUCUCCACUUUGUUUGUCUUUAAUAAAAAUGUUAAUGUUUCUUUAUAUUUGAAAUUCAAACCAGCAGAACUUUCCAGCGUCAGACUCUGAUGUUCUCAGUCUGUUUUCUUUGCAGCUGAGGAACAGACAGGAACGUGCUCUCUUCCUCAGAGUCUGGUGGUAAAUGUGAAGCGAAGCUCGUGGACAAAGACUCGGCUGUUUGUGGAGAAUGUAAAUACGGUCUGUCCUUCGUCCUGCAGACAAACUGCAGCUUCACUCUCCCAGUAAAAAUAUAUCCAACCCAGUGCAACCAGUCCAACCUGUCUGAUCAUUUAUCCUGGACUCACUGACACUCUUUGCUUAUAUGUUCUCUGCAGAUGUUCUACUGAGAACACAGGAGGCUUUAAUCCACAGAUGUUCUAGUGAAGCGUUGUAUGAGUGUUUUUCAGAAACGUUCUCCUGAUGGAACGAUCCCAAACAGAACAAAAUAAAACUUCAGAACCUGAACAUGAGAACAUGAACAUGCACAUACAUCAUAUUACAAAUGUAUGAUUAUUAUUAAUUUUAGAAAAUGCUUGUU